AUGCAAGACAGAGUUUGGUUGGUCACCGGGGCUACUUCAGACAUUGGACGUGAAAUUGCCCUCCAUGCCUUGCAGCGUGGUGAUACUGUUGUGGCGGCAGGACGCAGACCGGAGGCGCUUCAAGACCUGGCUCGAAUGGGAUGCAAAAUUCUAGUUCUAGAUAUAACAUCCUCAGCCGAAGAGUUCAAUCAUACUGUGGAAGAUGUCACAAAGAAGGUGGGAAGGAUAGAAAUGUUGAUUAACGCUGCUGGUUUCCUUCUUGAGGGCUGCAUGGAAGAAACAAGCGACCGUGAACUUCUCCAAGUUUACAGUACCAAUUUGUUCGGGCUGCUUAGGCUUAGGGUUGCCGUCCUGCCUCAGAUGCGAUCCAGACGGCAGGGCGUCAUUGCCAACGUCGCCAGAAUCGGCGCCCUUCAAGUCGCCAUUGGAGCCGGUGUUUUCUGUUCGUCGAAAGCAGCAAUGACCUGUGCCACCGAGGCGCUGCAUGCCGAGACCUCUCCAUUGGGCAUCAACGUGUGCUCGAUCCAACUCGGUCACUUCAGAACAGCAUUCCUGAGCCCCGGACCCAGGCUUAAAACGCAGAUUACUCUGGCGGACUGUGAUGUUUUCAUGGAGUCAACAAGGAAGAUAUUCGACGACUUUGACGGCUCACAACAGGGAGAUUCCAAGGAAGCUGGUCGUGUGAUCGUGGAAGUUCUCAUCCAGAGCGAACGCGCUGAAGGUAGAUGCAUUCCCGGCUGCUUAGCUGUAGGAUCAGACGUUGCGGCAGCAACAGAGAAAGUCCAAUCAUCGCGAGAGGUGGAGAUGAAAGCUUGGGCACUUCUGUCUCAUUCGACAGACCUGACUGGUUCCUGA